AUUAACAAGUUUAGCUGUCCAAUCUGCAAAAUGGUUGUGUAUCAGCCUAAAGAAACUCCAUGUAAACAUAUAUUCUGUUUUAAUUGUGUAGCGCAUUGGAUAAGAAAUUCCGCCAGAACGUGCCCUCUGUGCAGACAUCGAUUGCAACUUGAAGAUUUAACAAAACCUCAGCCUCAAUACCUAUCGGAAUUAUCGAGUUUGAAAGUUCUAUGCUCUUUUAAAGGCAACGGAUGCACUGAAGAAUUAGAACUGAAAUAUUUAAGUCGUCAC